AUGUCUGCAAAGGUGACUGAUAAAGACCUGAACUUUCGACCUGAAUGUAUUCGUGUGAAAAAUAUCAAUAUUUUAAAAAAUGAAAUAAACGAUCGAUUAUGCACAGUAGAAGCACAAAUCUGUUCUAUUAGUGAUGAAAUUGCAGUUGUUUUCGAAGAGAAUGAAUUUAAACGCGUGCAAAAAGUAAAAAAAACAGUUAUUGGUGAUGCGACUGGAGCAUUAGAAAUGACUAUGUGGGAAAGUCAUUUUAAUGAAAUAGAAUUGGGAAAAUCAUAUCAUAUUCGAUUAUUAAAAAUACGAAUCUAUAAUGAACAAAUAUCAUUAGCUGCUGCAACAGAAACAUCGUAUGUAUUGAAACCUAUAAAAUAUAAUGUAAUGAUGUUCUUUUAUUUAUUUGUAAGAUUUAUAAAAAUUAAUGAUCUAACAAAUGUAAUCAGUGAAGUUGAUAAUAGUAUAAAUAGAUACAAUACACAAAAAGGAAAAAUCAUGUCUAUAGAGAAAUAUAACAAUCAUUAUAUAUAUCAAUGUUGUGGUGGUUCAAACGUAAUUGAUGAAGCAGGAAUAAUUGUCUAUAUUGAUUGCCAUUCUCGAUUAAUAAAAGACGAAAACAUAACUGACAACUACUUUAAAAUUACAAUUUCGACUUUUAAUAAUGAACAAUACGAUUUAAAAAUUACAAAACCGUUAUUAAUGCUUGUAUUAUCAGAAAAAACUUCUGAUUUCAUAGAAAGCAAUGAUGGUAUAAACGAUGAAAAUAAUUUCAACAAUAUUAUUUCUUUAACCGUAAACUUUACGUAUAGCGAAAUAACUGCUAUAAUUAGUGAUAUUUCAAUAGUUAAAGAAAAUCCAUCAUCUCUUGAAAGUAUCUUAAACACUAUGUUUACUGAAUGA